AUUUUUUUCUUAGCCAUUUCUCAUUCAGAAAAAGUUUUUAUUAUUGAGAUUGAGUUUCAAGAUUUUUUUUUAUUUUAAAAAAUAAAUAAAUAAAAAGGAAAUGGCAUUCACAGGGACAUUGGAUAAAUGCAAAGCUUGUGAUAAGACAGUUUACUUUGUUGAUUUGUUAUCUGCUGAUGGAGCUACUUUUCAUAAGUCAUGCUUCAAAUGUAGCCAUUGCAAAGGCACUCUUGUGAUGAGCAACUACUCCUCUAUGGAUGGAGUCCUCUAUUGCAAGCCACAUUUCGAACAACUUUUUAAGGAAUCUGGAAAUUUUAGCAAAAACUUUCAGACUUCUUCGAAGUCUGAAAAGGAAAGUUCUCUGGCAAAGGCUCCAAGCAAAGUCUCUGCAAUGUUCUCUGGAACCCAAGACAAAUGUGCUGCUUGCAGCAAAACUGUUUACCCUCUUGAAAAGGUAAUAUUGGAGGGAGAAGCAUUUCACAAAUCAUGCUUCAAGUGUGCUCAUGGAGGUUGUGCCUUGACUCAUGCAACAUAUGCUGCACUUGAUGGAGUCCUUUAUUGCAAGCACCAUUUUGCUCAACUUUUUAUGGAGAAAGGAAGUUACCAACAUGUCCUCAAGGCUACUACUAACAAGAAGAGUACUGUAACACCUGUUGAUGAUGAUGAUAAUAAUAAUAAUAAUAACAAUGACGACGACGACAAGCCUGCUAAUGAGGAAGACAAGGCAAAUGAUCAUGACAAGGCAGAUGAGAAGGAACCUAAUGAUGAAAAUGAGCAAUCUUGAUCAACCCCUAAUUAUGCACUUAAUGUUAUUGAUUACUAAUUGUUUGUGUUUUUUGAAAAUUUUGAAAAAGGUUUUUGCAUUUGAAAUCCAAGUAUAUUCAUGUGAUCAAAAGUCUUGUUAUACUUUUGAUUACAAAAACUUCAUUUUCUCCCCUUUUA